AUGAAAAUCACCACCCGCAUCUACAUCGAAGACGCACGCACAUUCAAAACCCUCCUCCUCACCUCCCUCAUGUCCGCCCAACAAGUCAUUGACGAAGUUGUCUCCCGCUUCCACCAGGACGCGUCACCGGACUGGACGAUCUUUGAGCUGUGCAAUGAUUCUGGGAUAGAGCGGCCCUUGAGGGAGUGGGAAAUCGUCACGGAUGUAAUCUCCGCGUGGGAUAAUACCAGCGGAAAGGGCGCGGGUAACGCGAUCGUGAUGAAGAAAUACGGGUUCAAGAACACCGUCUCGGCGAAAUCGAUUGCGGGCAAGUAUCCCCGCGUGCAGGGGUGGAUGCACAUGGAGAGUAAACCCGGCAAAUGGCAAAAACGGUUCUUCGCCCUGCGCGAAGCCAACCUGUACUACUACAAGGACGCGGACCAGUCCUCGGCGUCCGAGACCCUGUUCUGCGGCCUCAGCAACUACGACGUGUACACUUUGUCUUCAACAAAGGCGCGGAAGAAGAAACCGACCCGGUUCUGUUUCGCGCUCCGGUCGACGGACUCGAUCUCGCUUUUUGAGAAUAAGCAGGACUAUGCACGGUUUUUGUGUGUGGAUAAGGAGGAACGGUUCUAUGAUUGGGUGCUUGCGAUUAGGUUGGCGAAGAGU